CGUAAAUAUUAGAUAUAUGUAUAGCAGAAAGAAGUGACUUCUCUUUGAUAUAUAGCAAGGUUAUUUUCGAAUAUUUUUAAAGUGAAAAUUUAGUAUCACUUAGCAAUAGCCAAUUGAUCAAUCAUUAAAUAAUCAGAGAAGCUAAUAAUAAUGUUAAGAGUCGGUGUCAGAGCUAUUUUUGCGAAUUUAGAGGCUAGAUCAUUUUCAUCAGUAGCUUCUCCAGCGUUCAAAGUGCAAGAUAACAAAGAUUUUAAUGAUAGAGUUAAAAAUUCCAAAGUUCCUGUUAUCAUUGACUUUUUUGCAACAUGGUGUAAUCCUUGUCGUAUGUUGACACCACGUUUAGAGUCGGUUAUUGCAGAAAAGAAAGGAAAAAUUUUAUUAGCUAAAGUAGAUAUUGAUGAAAACACAGAUCUUGCACUAGAUUAUCAGGUGGAAUCUGUUCCAGUUUUGAUAGCAAUGAAAGAUGGAAAGGUUUUAGAACGAAUUGUUGGUUUACAGGAUACAGAUAAACUUAGAAAGUUCGUGGACAAAUAUGCAGAUCCUUAGGCAGUAAAUAUGGAUAUUAUAAUUGUAGCACUUUACUGUAUUUUGAACUUUGAUUAAAUCAAACGUACUGUUAUGUUUCGCUUUCGAAUUAAUAAUGUCUUUACAAUAAUUUUGAUUAAAUAAAAAUUUAUUCUGUUGUAUAGACUAA